AUGAGUAAGGAGAUUCUUCCAAUAAUUCACUUUGAUAAACAGACUCUUACGACCAAAUCAAAGACUUAAAUGAGUUCCCAAAGUAGGAACCUCAUUUACAAGACUCUCUAUGUACCCAAGGAUGAGAAGAAUACUCAUGUUAACAGUUCCAUCAAAACUGAAAAUGAAUCAUAUGAUUAUGUGGUGAACUAAUUACAUCAGCACAAGUAACUGAGACUGCCUCCUUCUAGAUUAAUUAAUUAAUUAAGGAGAUAGAAGAUGAAUGUAGAUAAAAUCCCCAGACCUAAAGCAAAAAAGUUAUCAAAACCAUCCUUUUCAAUUAAUUUAAAUACUAAAGAUAAACACUAAUUAUAAAAAUAAAUAUGUAAUUAUGUGUAAUAAGCAAACAAGUUACAAUAAUAUAAGUUGUCUUCUAUUCAUUCAAGAAGAUAGGAUUUUAAGCCCUAUUUUAAUUUUGAUGAGUUUUCAUUCAUGGAUGAAAUAUUUCCCCAUUCGAAUCUGGUUAAAAAGAAAUUUGGAUUAAAUGAGUAAAUCAUGUUCAGAAAUUCUAUGGGUUUGGAAAAAGUAAUUUUAUAAAGGAUUAUUUAAUCAUAAGAGGAUGAAUGA